AUGGCAAAUGCAUGGGUGGGCAGCAAGCUCCACUUAGAAGAGGCUUCCGAGAAUCGUGAUGCCUACGUAAGCGAGAGGGUCGUGGAGGCGCCAGACGUGCAGCAACGGAAGGUCAGAGUACGGAUCAUGCGAGCGUGCCAUCUGCUGCCAGCCAACGGGCCGGAGGACACCAGCCCCUUCUGUCAGAUCAGCGAUCGAACGCACCAGGGCAGCACGGCCCUCCGUACAAGAACUAUUGAGAACUGCGUGUGUCCGGUGUGGAACGAAUCGUUUGAGCUGGAGCUGGACGAAGGCUACUGCUUCGAGCUGGCGCUAUACUGUCGCGGCCGCUGGUUCUUCGACCACUUCCUCGGCAGCAAGAAGGUGGUCCUUCCUAAUGCAAUCAGCGAUCUGGGCGGGACGAUCGUCAAGGGCGAGGAGCGACUGGUGACGCUGAUCCUCGACAAGACACCGCAGGGCUUCCUCGAAGUGGGCAUCACGCCGCUCAACUAUGAUUACGGUCCAACAAUGCGCGGCGAGCGCAAGGAGCUCUCCAACAUGCGGCGCGUGUGGGAGCUGCACUCUAUCGCCGUACCCGCCGAGCCGAGCGACCGCAAGCAGAAGAACCACAAGCGCAGCGAGAUCCCAGGACGGAGGGAGGGCGCGGAAACGGACACGCUGUGGGCGUCGGUACUCGAGAGGAAGCAGAGCAAGGCGAGAGAGGAGAGCCGACCGUCCGACGUCAAAGGAGACGGGUGGCUAUCGACCUCGAUCCUCUCGUCGCUGGCCGCUCUGCCGUACCUCCACAGGCGCGUCUCGGCCUACGUGCUGCCUCCACCGGACAGGGCCUCGGUGGCGCUAUCUCCUCACCCGCUGGCCUCGGCGAAGCCCAAGACCCCCUCAUUCACAUACCCUUCGGCCUCGACUUCUACCGCUACAACUUCUUCGUCGUCCUCAUCAUCAUCACCAUCAUCACCGGCGUCAUACCUCCAGCUGCUGCCGCCCGAGUUGAUCGCAACGAUCGGCAAGUACGUGGAACGCAACACACCCUUCAAUCCGUUCGACGAGUGGCGAGAGGAGGAACGGGCGCGUUUCAAGGAAGCCACACGGAAGCGAAAGAAGAACAAGGCCAAAACAACGAAGACCAGAAUGACUGUGCAACGAAACGGCAAGCAGAGAAGCAGGGAUCGACACAACACCGGUUGGUGGCGCGAGAUGCGCGUGCCGGCGGCGCCCAGCGGUUCGAUGCGGAGCACACGUCUCGACAUGUCGAUGUCGCUUUUCGACCUCCCUAGCUUCCCUCUCUCGCCCAAGAUCGUGCGACAUCACGACGCGGCGGAACCCGACACUGCCCAGGUCUGCACAGCCUCGACCAGCGCCGGCGAAGACGAGCUGGAGCCGCGGGAGAGGGUGAGCGAGAUCACGUUCCUGUGCACGGCCGCGAUGAAGCGCUACGCCUUCAAGGACAAGCGAAAGCCCGGCCUCUCGCUCAGGCAGUACAUCUUGGACCUGGACGAUGCGCCCUUGUGCAGCGGCCUCCUUCGCAACGACAAGUACACGCUGUGCAACCUCUUCGCCGCGCUCGGGGAGGAUUUCCACAAGUGGGAGUUCUUCCUCAUUCGCAACCUUGGCAAGCACAAGCUGGGCACUGUGGUCGAGCGCGAGCGGGACAUGGUCAUCGGUGGCUACCACGCGCUGGGUUGCACCUUCGUGACGACCUCCACGUCCCUGUCGGCGUCGCACCACCACCAGACCUUCAACUGCGUGACCAACUUCUUCGUGGCCGUUGGUGGCGAGGACGGCGACCGUAGCGAGGCCCGCGUCGUAUUCAACUUCCAGUACGUCACCUGCUGGACCAAGGGCCUCGUCAGUCGCGCGUUGGCCAACCACCACGAGCGUGAGCGUCGCACCUUCUACUGGAUGCUUCGCUCCGUCGCCUUCACCUAG